AUGGUGAUGAGAGUGCUGAGGAGGAAACUUUGGUCAUGUCACUUCAAGCCCUUCUUCUUGUUACUUGUUUUUACCCUAAUCAUAUGCUUCUCUGUCUUAAGGAAUAAUCAAAAUGAAGACUUUUUAAAUCAUAGACAUUUAGAGUUGACAAGAGAGAAUCCACAUAAUAAUAUUAAUUGUACCAAAGUUAUACUGGGUGACAAAGAAGAAAUACAAAAUGUGAAGCUUACAAUGCUGACAGUGAAAUUUAGGAAUCUCCCUCAGUGGACAAAUGAUGACUAUAUCAAUAUGACCAAAGAUUGUGCUGCUUUCAUUAAGACCCGUAAAUAUAUCAUGGAACCCCUUAGUAAGGAGGAGGAAGAAUUUCCCAUUGCUUAUUCAGUAGUGGCUUAUCACAAAAUCGAAAUGCUUGAGCGACUCCUAAGAACCAUCUACAUGCCUCAGAAUUAUUAUUGCAUUCACAUUGACAAAAAAUCUCCAGAAUCCUUUUUAGCAGCAGUGAAGGGCAUUGCAUCUUGUUUCAAUAAUGUUUUCAUUGCCAGUCAACUGGAGAAUGUUGUGUAUGCAUCGUGGAGUAGGGUCCAAGCAGACCUCAACUGCAUGAGCGAUCUCUCCAGACAGAGUUCAAAAUGGAAAUACUUGAUAAAUCUGUGUGGAAUGGAUUUCCCAAUUAAAACCAAUCUGGAAAUGGUAAGGAAGCUAAAGACUUUAAUGGAUGGCAACAGCUUAGAAACUGAGAAAAUGCCUUCCCACAAAGAAGUGAGGUGGAAGAACCGAUAUGAAGUUAUCGAGGGCAAGCUAAAAAACACAGGAAAAAAUAAAUCACGUCCACCUAUUGAAUCACCGAUUUUCUCAGGCAGUGCCUAUUUCGUUGUUAGUAGGAAGUAUGUAGAGUAUGUACUAACCAAUGAGAAGAUUCUGAAAUUUAUUGAGUGGGCUAAAGAUACAUAUAGCCCCGAUGAAUAUUUGUGGGCCACAAUUCAAAGAAUCCCUGAAGUUCCAGGUUCCCUUUCUUCCAGUAAUAAGUAUGACAUUUCUGAUAUGCAGUCAGUUGCUAGGUUUGUGAAGUGGCAAUACUUGGAAGGAGACAUUUUCAAGGGUGCUCCUUAUCCACCUUGCAAUGGGAUUCAUGUCCGUUCUGUAUGUAUAUUUGGGGUAGGAGACUUAAAAUGGAUGCUACAACAGCCCCAUUUUUUUGCCAACAAAUUUGAUAUCAGUGUCGACUCUUUUGCAGUCCAGUGCUUAGAAAAGCAUCUAAGACACAAAGCUCUAUAUCCUAUAAAACAGUGA